UUGGAUUGUGCGGCCGCCGCCGCCGCCGCUGCCGCUGAGGGAGGAGGGUUGGAGGAGGAGUUGGGAGUUUAGCGCAGCCGCCAGACGGCGAGGACAACGGCCAUCCGGCCUAAGCCUAGCCGGGCGGGAGCGAGGAGCCUUCCUUUCCCCGCGCGGCCCGAGGCGGCCUUGAGUCUGCGCCUCCUUCGCUGGGCCUCCUGCUCCUCCUCCCCGCGCUGAGGAGCUGCGAGAUGCUGCACCUCUAACUCCCCUCCUCUCCACCCCUGGCACCAAGAGGGGGGACGAGCGCUCGCCCACUCGCCGAGGAGACGGCCCUGGACUCGAAGCCUGGCCGGCCGCACCAUGAGCUCCGGCCAGCAGCCCCCGCCGCGGAGGGUCACCAACGUGGGGUCCCUGCUGCUCACCCCGCAGGAGAACGAGUCCCUCUUCACCUUCCUCGGCAAGAAAUGUGUGACUAUGUCUUCAGCAGUGGUGCAGUUAUAUGCAGCAGAUCGGAAUUGUAUGUGGUCAAAGAAGUGUAGUGGUGUUGCUUGCCUCGUUAAGGACAAUCCUCAGAGAUCUUAUUUUUUAAGAAUAUUUGACAUCAAGGAUGGGAAACUAUUGUGGGAGCAAGAGCUAUAUAAUAACUUUGUAUAUAAUAGUCCUAGAGGAUAUUUUCAUACCUUUGCUGGAGAUACUUGUCAAGUUGCUCUUAAUUUUGCCAAUGAGGAAGAAGCAAAAAAAUUCCGAACAGCAGUUAUAGACUUACUGGGCCGGCGACAAAGGAAAUCUGAGAAAAGACGAGACCCCCCAAAUGGUCCUAAUCUACCCAUGGCAACAGUUGACAUAAAAAAUCCAGAAAUUACAACAAAUAGAUUUUAUGGCCCCCAAGUCAACAACAUUUCUCACACCAAAGAGAAGAAGAAAGGAAAAACUAAAAAGAAGAGAUUAACCAAAGCAGAUAUUGGAACGCCAAGCAAUUUCCAGCACAUCGGACAUGUUGGUUGGGAUCCCAAUACUGGCUUUGAUCUGAAUAAUUUGGAUCCAGAAUUGAAAAACCUUUUUGAUUUGUGUGGAAUCUCAGAGGCACAACUCAAAGACAAAGAAACAUCAAAAGUUAUAUAUGACUUCAUUGAAAAAACAGGAGGUGUUGAAGCUGUUAAAAAUGAACUGCGAAGGCAAGCACCCCCACCGCCCCCACCAUCGAGGGGUGGGCCUCCGCCUCCUCCGCCCCCUCCGCAUAGCUCAGGCCCUCCGCCGCCUCCUGCCAGGGGCCGCGGGGCUCCCCCGCCACCGCCUUCCAGAGCACCCUCUGCAGCACCUCCCCCACCGCCUCCUUCCAGGCCAGGGGUGGGAGUCCCUCCGCCGCCACCGAAUCGGAUGUACCCGCCUCUGCCGCCAGCCCUUCCCUCCUCCGCACCUGCAGGGCCGCCCCCUCCGCCCCCUCCCCCGCCGCCUCCCCCGCUGUUGGCCGGAUCCGUGGCUCCGCCUCCGCCCCCACCCCCGCCGCCUCCCCCAGGGCCACCGCCCCCGCCUGGUCUCCCUGCUGAUGGCAGUGACCAGUCACUGCCUGCAGGAAGCAACGCAGCGCUUUUGGAUCAAAUUAGAGAGGGUGCGCAGCUAAAAAGAGUAGAACAGAACAGUCGGCCAGUGUCCUGCUCAGGACGGGACGCGCUGCUUGACCAGAUACGACAGGGAAUCCAACUGAAAUCUGUAUCUGACGGCCAAGAGUCCACAGCGCCGACACCUGCACCCACUUCAGGAAUUGUGUGUGCAUUAAUGGAAGUGAUGCAGAAAAGGAGCAAAGCCAUUCAUUCUUCAGAUGAAGAUGAGGAUGAAGACGAUGAUGAAGAUUUUGAGGAUGAUGAUGAGUGGGAAGACUGAUCAAUAUAUGUUAUAUAUAAAUAUAUUUUUAAGGUGAAAUACUAAACACUACUUUCUGUCUAUGGAUUCUGUAAAAUUAUCAUGUAAAUGUUCUACCAAUUUGCUGUAUAUUUUUGUUGCCUUUUUGCUUUUUUUUAAUUAAUCUGUGCAAUACCUCAUUUAGUCUGUCAAGGUUUGUCAUAUCCUCGACAAAGCUACUCCCUGUUACUGUGUGCAGGUGUACACCAGAAUGCCCACUGUGUUUGUGAAUAUUGCUCAUUCCAUCAGCAAGGGAGUUUAAAGAUUAUAUGUGAGACUGACAAAAACCUUAAUGUAAUUUACUUAUAAUGCCAGAAGGAAAACACUAUUUUCAUACCCUACUUUUUCUGUACCUAAAUUUUCUUAUUAAAAUCUAGUAUAGCACUGCAUUCUUUUUUAAGUGAUGCAAACCUUAGUUUCUUUAGCCCCUUCAUUUUGAACACAACGCUACAUGAAUGUUGAAGCCAACACAUUGCACAGUUCCUCAGACAUCACCACACUGAUGCCAUUUCUCAGACAUUAGCAACAUGCUCCACAGAGCUACCUACGUAAAGGUUGGUGGGAAAAGCCAGCCACCACCUGGCCUGCCCGCAGCGCUGCCAGUGGCCGUGACAGUGGCACCGGGAGGUUGGAAUGGCCAGGAGUGCUUGACCGAGGCUAUUUUUUAUGCUGUACUAAAUGCUGCAGGCUCUUUUGGCAAAAUGGUUUUUAAGAUAUUUUUGAGCAUUUUAUUUCGCAACCAAAGUGAUAUUCAGUCAUCAGAAUAUGGGGAGAGCAUCAUUCUACACAAGCUGAAGGGCUAUCUCUUCUGUGGUUGUUCCAUCAUUCAGUUAAAAAUACUACAAAUCUCAGGACAUUCUAAAAAUGUUGUGAAAUCCGCUAUUGGGUGUUUUGAUCUCCACCCUCAUUGGUUGGAAUGUUCAGAAAUGCCAGUCAUAAAGGUCAAAUCUAGAAAAUUGCAAAUGUUCUUCCUAUAAUGUUAAACCUAAUAUUCUGUUUUGGUAAUUUCUCAAGGUUUUUGUCAAAUGUCAGGUGAAGGGUUACGUUUUUCUUCAAAUAUUGGUGGUCCUAAUGUCCAAUGUCUUGGGACACUUAACCGAACGAUAGAUUUAAAAAAAAUAAACAUCUACAACCUACACAUUUGUUACGCAUACUAAAUGGUGUGUAAUACACUAAUACGCGGCCUGCAGUGGUGGCCUCGUGUUUAUAGCGCUGCCCUACCCACCUGCGUUUUCAGAUGUGGGUAGAAAAGGAUCUGGUUGAAAUGCAGACAUGGAUAUUUCUCACAUUGAGUCAUAUGCAGAAUGUAGUUCCAAAUGUAUUUCAUUGCUAUCCUUGCAAUAUCCAACUAAGCGUUUAAGCUGUCUAGAAAUGUACCGACCAAAAUCAAGUCUUGGCUUGAUCUUGACAGGCUGGUCCUGCAAGAUGUGGCUCAGAUUUUAACCAGUUAUCACAUACUCUCUAGUGAUGAUGCAUCUAGUUAGAAUAAGAGAUGAUUUCAAAGGUUUUGUGGCUGAAAGCAGUAAGUGGUGCUGUAAAAUAGUUAAGUUAUUCAGAGAACCUUAACCUUCCUUGCAAGAGUAAUUUAAGCACACAGAAACGACUAUAGACUUUUUGUUUCUGCAAAAACAGCGCCCUCUGCUGCUAGAAUCCUAUGUCUGCUUCAGUUUAUUUUUACUGUGACUUGCGCUCCAAGAGUCAGGUGUGGCAGAGGCUGGACAACUUGGUAACCAAUAGAAUUGGGAAUUUGUGCAAAUGGUCACUAGGACAUUAUAAUUACUUUGAAUAUCAUUUAAGCCUUUAAAACUUUUUUUUUAAUUUUCUAGAAAUGUAGUCAAAGUAAUGCCAAUUAAAACUCUCAACUUUUAGCCAAAGAAUUCAGGAAUUUCUACUAACAUUGGUAUGGUUAAAUUUUACCAGGAACUCCGUUUCUUGGAGUUGAAAACACAGUUUUAAGCAUAUAAGACCACCUACCCUGCUGCCAUUACAUCAGAUCAGACCCAUAGUUAGUGGGAUUUCCAACGUGUUAUAGCAACCGACAAGCCCAUCUUUGUCCUGGAGAGCAGCCUGGUGGGUUUGAAACACUGACCUUGGACUUAGCAGUCCACUGCUAACCUGACAGCACCUUCAGGGCUUCUAAGCACAGAAGAGGGGUAUAUUAUUUGCCAAAGGGUCAUCAAAUUUCUUACCUUUUUUAAAGGAAAAAAAUGUUGUACAAAGUCUAAAUCACUGUUGGUUGAAACAGCAGCUGUGCUGUCCCGUCCAGGCAUGGUGACGAGAUCUGCUUUAUACCAAGUGGGCUGCCCAGGCUGCAUGUUUCUGGGCUGCCACCUCACCUCGCCCUGUGGCUGCACUCUGCUUAAACCCAGUCUAAAAGCGGCCCGCCAUGUUUACUCCAGCUAAGUGGUUGUCCAGCAGCCUUCGCAUUUAACAAACUAGCAUGAGGCUUUCUCUAUCUCAGCGCUACGUGAUAGACAAUUUCAGCUAGCCACAAUUGUAUGUAUGAGAUUCAUAAAGACUUUCAAUCAUUCUUUUUUUUUCCAUUUAUCAACUGAAAUUUCGUUUAGUAUGUGAAUUAUUUCCCUCCCCUCCCCUUGAAAUGUAUAGUGAAUAGGAUGUUGCACUGGUGGCAAUUCAUCAUGGAGCAUAAUAAAAUUAAUUUGACCCAAGUA